AUGUACACAUUCACAGACAAUAUGUGCGCCCAGUGUUUGUGGUAUAUGGCAGGCGUGGAAAACGCUUGGAUCAGAUACGAUGUCGUCUCCAAAUGGCAUAUUAUAAAUGACAAACAAAACGAUCCGAUUCUUAGGGAAUUCAAAAAUGACUUUCAUAUGGACUUAUUUCUGAAAUGUUGUGAAGACGCCAAGAGAUGCUGCGAACGAAUGCUAACAUUAGACGAAAGGGAAGACACGGAUAACGGACAGAGAUGUCCGGCCAAAUGGGACGGUUGGAUGUGUUGGGACUCAGCGAUGAGCGGCACAACCAGUAGGAGUAUAUGUCCGGAUAUGUCUCACUCGAUGUUGGGAUAUAUGCCCACCGAAUGCAGUAAAGAGUUGUCGAGCAAACACUGUCGGUCUAACGGCACGUGGACUUCCAUCUGGAACCCAAUCGAUCCAAACAAUUCGCUAAGAGGUCUCUAUGAGCAGGAGUUCACCGAUUAUAUCACUUGCUCCACACCCGGAGCCACUGAACGGCUCCGGGAGACCCACACAGCUAUUGCCAUCUUUUUCAUUUCACUCAUAUUCUCCAUAAUCGGCGCAACCGUUUUCAUUGUGUAUAAACUCUAUACCAAACUGAGAGUACAGAUUCAUCUCAAUUUCCUGCUGUCUCUCAUCCUGACCUGUCUUUUCUCUAUUCUCUUCUAUUUUCUGGUCCGAGAAAAGCAUUACAAACUCCAGUCAAUGAUUGAUGAGAAUCCUUAUUGGUGUAAAGCACUGGUAGUUUUGCACAAAGGCGCUCGUUUAGCCAACUUUUGCUGGAUGUUGAAUGAGGGCUAUUAUUUGCAUCACUUAAUUGUGGCCGCAUUUCGGGAAGAAAGCCGUACAUUAUAUUACUAUCUGUUCGGAUGGGGAGCGCCGGUGCUUAUUAUGGUUCCCUAUGUUAUCGUACACUCUAUGGGCGAGUAUGACAACAGUUGUUGGACAAAGUCUAUGCUCUAUCCGGAACUGCUAUACAACGUGUUGCCAUUGAUUUGUAUAGUAUUAAACGCUAUUUUGUUGGCAAAUGUUGUGCGAGUAUUGAUGACUAAAUUGAGAGCAUCUCCCGAUCACUUCAAAGCCGGUCUCCGGGCGUCCAUUGUAUUGUUGCCCAUAUUUGGCAUCCAAUACACCUUCUAUGUGGUGCCCAUCGACCCGUUCGAGUCGUGCGGCACCGGUGUAUAUGUGGCCCGAUAUGUGCAGAUCGUUAUCGAAGCACUUCAGGGCGCUAUCGUUACCACAAUCUUCUGUUUUCUUAACGCAGAGGUUCACUUGCAUAUGAAGAGGACUUUUAGAAAGUGGUUCCCAAAGACUAUAUCAAUGAAUACCGACGAACAAGAAUUGGAGAAAACGGCAUUAAAAUGA